AUGAAAAAGUCAUAUUCAUAAAAUAAUUCAGGACCUUUUGAUUUUCCAGAAGUUAAUAAACCCAGGUUCGAACCUUAACUUCAUAAAAUCAGUGCAAGCACUCAGUAAAAGGUUGUAAUAUAGAAAUUGACUAAUUCUCUCAAUAAUAAUAAAAUUGUUACACAAUCAACAGAAUUACCUCAGACAAUUAGAAGUUAAAUUUAAAAGCCUUUAAUUAAUUCAGAACGAUUUAUGUUUGAUUUAGAUGCUUCAAUGGUUUAUAUUCAUAGAGAAAAAAUAAGUUAAUUUGAAGAACUUGAACAAUAAAGGAUUCUAUAAUUAUUAAAGGAUGUGCAAUCAAAAGUUCCUUAAGUAAAUGAUAAAGUAAAUCAUUUCAUAGGAUUAGCAGGAUAGUUCGAAAAUGAAAAAGUCAAUCCAUUAGUGAAUUAAUUCAUAAAAAUAGUUGAAUAAUUAUUGUAAAUUUUGGAUGAGAAAACAAAGGAAAUGAAAGAAUAUUAAUUUGCAUUAAAGCAAAGCAGAGAGCAAGUGUAAAAUAAUAGUAGGUUGAUUGAAGAUUAAUCACAGAUGAUAAAAUAUAUGGAAAGUCAAAAUUAAAAUGCUAAAAAUGUGACCAGAACCUUUUAGAGAUCUAAUGAAUUGGCUGUAAUAAACGUUUAGCUUGAGAAGAAAGUUGAACUUUUGAAUUAAAAUUUAUAAUUUUUAAUGAAUCAAAACAAAGAUAGUUUAGCCACUCAAUUAUAAUAGAAAAUUGAUUAACUAAAUAAAACUAUUGAGGAACAACAAAAUAAAUUAUAUGAUGAUAACAAUAAAGAGAUUUAAUUGUCACAAUAAAUAUAGGCUCUCAAAUCAACCGAAUUUAAACAUUAAAUUCAACUUAAGAAAUUAGAAGAUAAAAUCUAAGAUUAUGAAAUAAAACUAAAAGAGUUAACUUUUUAGGCUUCAUACUCUAAAGAAUAAAAGGAUCAAUAUCGAGAACUAUAUUAUAUGACAUAUGAAGAUUUAUAGAUGAAUAAAUUGAAUACUCAAAUGGAAAGAAAACAAAUGCAAAGGAGUUUUGAAAAAAUUAGAAUGCUAUAAGAUAGGAUAGAUGAAAUGACAGUCAAAAGAAGUAAAGAAGUGGAUGCUCCUUUUUAAAGCAGAGUUGAAGGUGAUAUGGUCUAAUUAUAAGCAAUUACCAAGAUUUUAGAUGAAGAUCACGUAUUUUAAAGGUAUAUGAUGAGUAGUUUCCUAAAGAAUGUCCAAGAGUAUGAUUCAAAAUUAGUAGAUGCAUAUGUUGAUGUGAAAAGGCUAGUUGUAGGCAGAGAUGAAGAAGCAGAAUUAUAAACAUUAAGAUAUAAUUAUCCACCAUUCACUCUAUUUCUGGAAAAGAGGAUUGUCGAUUAGGAAACUUAAUAUUUAUAAAUAAGACCAAUCUCUAAUAAUUUUAUGGGUCUACUUAGAGCUAUUUUGGAUGGCAUGCACAUUGAAUUUCAAAAAAACACUUGCAUUUCUUUUUAAAGUUAUGUAAUUUCUUGGUUAAGUACAUUCACAAUUGAGAAUCAUCAAGUUAUAAUAUUUCCGGAUGAUACAAAAAGAGUCAAGAUAGAAGAGUAAUUGCACACUUUUUAUCUAGAUUUGAUGGUACCUAGAUUAGAUAAAGUUUGGGAAGUAGUACAAUUUAGACAUUUUUUAAAUGACAUCUAUUCAUUAGAGGAAUUAUAUUUCUAUCUUCAUGCUCGCUUUCUGUUGAGAAGGGGACCUUGGAUGGAAACCUUUGAUGCAAUAUAUGGUGUAGUCCAUUAUAUGAAAGUACAAUAAGCAGAAUCCAUAAUACUCAGGUUUUUAGAAUAAUUUGAUAAAAUCAAUUAAACUUUAGUAAUAAGAGCAGUAAAUGAGCGAAUCGUAGAAGGAAAAAAAGAUAGAAAAUUAAUAUAAACUGGCUUUGUAUUAUAGUUACUGUUGGAAAUUUUCAGAAUAGAUCGAAUGAAUAGAUACAAAAUUCUAUCUUUUGCGUUUCCAGCAUAACCCAUAACCUUUAAAUAGUUUCAUAAGUUUGUGAGGGGAAAUUUUUCAAAAUGUACUGAAGGCGAGACUGCUGAUUUAUGGAGGGAAGUCUAUAUGAUUUCAAAUGGUAUUCCAAAUUUGAAUUCGUUUUUCACUGCUGCUUAAUCCCUAUUUAUCAAGUCUCUAAUUCUCCCUGCAAUAUAUACUCUUCCUCUUUUGGAUUCUAAUAAAAAAUUAGCCUUUGAUGAAUUAAACUUCACUACAAUGAAAAUCUAAGAAUAAAUGAAAGAACUUGCCGAUUCUGAGUUGGAUGUUCUCAAAACAUUAAUUCCUACAAUUUAUUAGGAAGAAAUGCUCAGAAUAAUAAAAUAAUUAUUACCAAAAAAUUAAAUUCAAUUUGUUAAUCCUCUAGAAUAUAUAUUUAAAUUUAUGAAGCUAAUCCUCACAUUGAAAUAUAAUACUAUUCUAGCAGAUGGUCUAGAAGAAGAUGGUGUAAAUAGAAAAGGUUUUAUCACUGAAACAUUUACUUAAUUUAUCACUUAAGAGAUUAAUGAUUUGAAUAAAAUUACUUAUAAAAAGCAAUCGUUUAUGUCAGAUUAAGAAAUUAGAAUAUCCAGACUACAAAAAUUUGCCAAGAAAAAAGUAAAAAAAAUUUAUGUUAUCAUGUCAUCUGUAUUACAAUCAAGAAUUAAAUAAUGA